AUGGCUGGGUUCAUCUCUCUAGGUGGAAGGGGAGGCCCACAAAACAAGGAAGGAGAAGGAGAAAAAGAAGAUAAUAUCAACAAUAGCCUAUUCUUGUUCAGGAACGAGGAGAUCUACAACAAGGGGCUCGAGAUAUGGCCGCAGUCAUAUCACCCACACGAAAACUCCAACUACUACUCGUUUGGGGUGGGUCCUAGUCGCAGGAACUCCUCCUCCAACGUUAACGUUAACGUUAACGUUAACGACGACGACGUUUCCUUCGGUGUCUCUGAUGAGUCUACGAGGUUUGGAUUAACGGUCAUGAGGUCUGGAAGUGGCAUCAACUGUCAGGACUGUGGGAACCAAGCUAAGAAAGACUGUUCACAUCUCAGAUGCAGAACUUGCUGUAAAAGUCGAGGGUUUCAGUGUCGUACACACGUCAAGAGCACUUGGGUUCCCGCAGCCAAACGCCGUGAACGACAGCAACAACUCGCUGCGUUGCAGCACCAACAACAAUUGCAUAGAGACAAUCAAGGUGCGGCCUCUCUUGCCUGCGCUCCACCACCCAUCACUAACACAGGGUUGGAGCUGAGACAAUUCCCACCCGAAGUGAACUCUUCAGCGGUGUUUCGGUGUGUGAGAGUUAACGCAGUGGACACUCAUGAUGAGCAGUGGGCAUAUCAAACAGCUGUCAACAUCGGAGGGCAUGUUUUCAAGGGAAUUCUCUAUGAUCAAGGAGCCGAAGCUCCUUACAUUAGUACAGGCACAAAUGCCGAGGGUUCCUCCGGUGAAGGUGAAGCUCAACAACUUAGUCUCAUAACCGCUGCAACAACCAGCGGGAACCCAUUUGACCCUACACUUUACUCCGCUCCGCUGAAUGCUUUCAUGGCUGGUACGCAAUUCUUCCCACCCCCAAGACCCUAA